GGUAAAAUGGAUUAUAAUCUUUGACUGCUUCUACGAAGCGCUAAACUUUUUCUCAAUAUAAUUCAGUCAUGGUAAAUGAAUCAAAGGCUUAAGGCUUUUAUUGUUUCUUUAUUAAAAUACCCAAUGGAAUUGUGAGCAAAGAUUCUUCAUCAAGAUGUUUGUAAAUUCGAAAUCUGAUGCUGAGAGCAAUAAACUAUUAAAUCAUGCUGCUCUUGAAGCAAUAAAUUCUGCUGUCUAUAUGGAAGACUAUAUGGACUUUGUUGAAAAUAUCCCAGAUGACAUCCAGAGGAAUAUUACCCAGCUGAGACAAAUUGAUUUAGAGUACCAAGAAAUUUUACAAGAUUUGGACAACUAUAAGAACACUUUAAAAAAAGACCUGGAUGAUGCUACUCGCAGGAGAACCCUAUUUCAGAUUCAAAGAGCACUGAUAAAGACUCAAGAUCUGGGUGAUAAAAAGUUGCAAAUCGCCCAAGCUAUACAAGAUAUUGUUGACAGCAAGUCUCGCCAACUGGAAUCAGACAGGAUGAAAUUAGACCUAGGUCGCGAAAAUGAAACUCAGAAUGAAAACAGCAAAAGCGAACAGCCAGAACGCCCCAGUAAAAGGUCUCGUCGCCACAGACAUGUGGAGACUUCUCUGCGAGAUGACUCCGUCCACGAACGUCACGAAAAAGAAAUAGUUGUUCCCAGCACAAGUAAGACAAAGAAAAAGAAGAAGAGAAAAGCAAAAGUUGAGAAAGAACAAGAUGCUCCUCCCAUCGAGCCCCCCAUUGAUCCCGACGAGCCUACUUAUUGUUUGUGCGAUCAGGUGUCUUAUGGUGAAAUGAUUGGCUGUGACAAUGAAGACUGCGAGAGAGAAUGGUUUCAUUUUUCAUGUGUCGGGUUGACAACCAAACCCAAGGGGAAAUGGUACUGUCCGACCUGUCGUGGAGACAGAAGUAAUCAAAUGAGACCGAAAGCGGUGUAAUAAAUAGUACAUGACUGUUUGGAAAACAGCUUCAAAAUACACAUCAUGACUUAUAGCCGGUAAAAAUGACUUUUUGUACAGACAGUUGGAUGCCGAUUAUCCAGACUGGUAAAGCAGUACUGAGAGUCAGAUUUGGUUAGUGGAAAAUCCUGAAAAUUGGAAGACUUGAAAAAAUGGCCAUGACAAUGCUUUUUAAGUUACUAUCCUUCGCUCAUUUUUUAGGCUUCAGGUUGACCAUUAUAAUUGUGCAUAUUAAGAAUUUCGUGUAAAGAGUUAUUUUGUGAAUGUGACACUUUUUUUAAAUGAAGGAUGCAUAGUAAUUAUUACUUGUAAGAAAUGCACUGUGCUGUCCAUAUUUGAAGAGAAUGGUCAAAGUGGUUAAAAAUGUGGUCCUUGGUCAAUCCAGUUGAUUGGACAUCCCAUCCAGAUAAUGGCAUUCUACUAUGUUUGUAAUAUAAUGCUGCUGCGACCUAUAGCCCAAGUAUUUUAUUUUGAUUUUCUUCUAAUUGUAGGUUUACACAUUUCUAAGAAGUAGUUUUUUGAGGAAAUAUUUUUAGUUUUUAACAACCCUUAAUUUUUUCCAAAUUAUUCAAAAACUGCAAAUUUUCAUUUAGCAAAAAAAAAA